AUGAACUUUUCCCACCCACCACUGGCGUUUUCAUUAUUGCAUCACCAGAACCCUCUCAACCUCCACCUGCUGCUGUCACCACCACCUGAGCUCACCUUCUCCUUCAAGAAGUGCCUCAGCAUCUCCUUCCAAGCCAUUAGGCUCACCUUCUCCCUCAAGAAGCAUAUCAGCAUCGCUGUUCAGGCCAUCAGAAAACUUCACCCACAGCCACAGCAUGAGAGGGAGGAUGAGUCUAUGGGGAGUGGGUCUAGUAGAAGUUUAAGCUGUUUACAGGAAGGUCAGAUGGAGGUUAGUAAUGAUGAUGAGGAGGAUAGUGAUGAGGAGGGGGAGGACCAGGGUGAUGAGGAGUGGGAGGAGCAGGAAGUAGAUACAGGUGGAGAUGAGAAGCAUUCUCCAGGGCUAAGUUCUGAUGGUGAGCAACACAUGGAUGUUGAUCUGACUGAGGGCUCCAUGAUUGAAUCUACACUUGAGCAUCUUGAUCUGACUGUUGGUUUGACUGGGGGCUCCAUGAUUGAACCUACUGCUGUUUUGGCUGGGUACUCCAUGAUCGAAUCUGAUCUGACUACUGAGAUCUCCAUGAUUGCACUGGAGGCUCCUAAUCUGACUGCUGUGUCAAUUGAGAGCUCUAUAAUUGAACAUGCACUUGAGGCUGCUUCUCUAAUUGUAGUGGAGUUGAAAUGGCUGCCUGACUCUUGUUCUAAAUUUGUUGCUUGCAAGGCCACUUCAGUCACCCAUGUUUGGGUACCUAUGAGGUACAUCAAUUCCUUGAUUUAG